AUGACCGUGAAUGGGCCUGUUUUUGUUUCCAUGGCAGCUGGGGCCCCAGCACUGGCCCUGGAAGUGGCGCAAACACAAACCACACUGAGCAUGUUGUGCUUCGGCCGCACUGCAACUCAGAGGGAGGCGGCGGUCGGGCCCAAGACACACUCCCUGGGUGGUCUGGCCGGUGAAUGUUUAUGAUAUAACCCAACCCAAUCCAACUGGCUUGUUUAAGGGAAUUGGGAAUGAUUUACAAGAGCUGCUACAGCUAGGAAAAGGAAAUCAGAGGAAAUCACAGUAGAGCUUCAAGUCUGUGGCAGCCUUCUGGUUCAGGCAGGGCCUUCUCUCUAUCUCUUUAUUCUCAUUAUGACCCUAAAAUAGUUAUUUACAUCAAUACCUUUGAUUGACAAAAUGGUCAGUCUUUGAUUGUCAUGAUCCAGGGCUCAGUGGAUUUGCAAUGGGUUAUGAAGUUGUGAAGUCUUGCAUCUGCAUUUCCAUAAUUUUGCAUCUAACUAAUUUCCCACAGAAAGAUGAAAGACCAAUCUUAUUAGUGACAAGUUUUUUUUCUUGUACUUUCUGAAAAUAGAAUGCCAUGUGUGGAGUCUGUGUGUAGAGGUUGAAAUUGAUCUGUAAGAAAAUACUAAUACUCUCAAGUUGCACAGUAUGCCAACAUAGUAGAUCUAACUUUUGGAAAUAAGUUAUUAAAUCAAUCAGUCAUGGGGUCAUUCCAAUCAGUCUUGGAAUCAUUGCCCUGCAUCCAGGGUGUCUAUUGGAUAACCAUAUAAAAAACAUAUCUGAUAUUUUCAAAGCACUCACAUUUGUUUUGGAGGUAUAGCACAGCAAGAAAAUAGCAUGGUCUUAUAAUACCUUUUAUAAACAUUAAUUUACCAUUUUAAGACACUUCCUUGGUCUGUACUUUGUGCCAGAAUACUGAAAAACACAUGUUCUACUAGUCACAUUAAUAUAAGUUACAUUACAUGACCAAAAGUAUGUGGACACCUGCUCGUCGAACAUCUCCUUCCAAAAUCAUGGGCAUUAGUUUGGAGUUGGUCCCCCCUUUGCUGCUAUAACAGCCUCCACUCUUCUGGGAAGGCUUUCCACUAGAUGCUGGAACAUUGCUGUGGGGACUUGUUUCCAUUCAGCCACAAGCGCAUUAGUGAGGUCGGGCACUGAUGUUGGGCGAUUAGGCCUGGCUCUCAGUCGGUGUUCCAAUUCAUCCCAAAGGUGUUCGAUGGGUUUGAGGUCAGGGCUCUGUACAGGCCAGUCAAGUUCUUCCACACCGAACUCGACAAACAAUUUCUGUAUGGACCUCGCUUUGUGCACUGGGGCAUUGUCAUGCUGAAACUGGAAAGGGCCUUCCCCAAAAUGUUGCCACAAAGUUGGAAGCACAGAAUCAUCUAGAAUGUCAUUGUAUGCUGUAGUGUUAAGAUUUAUCUUCACUGUAACUAAGGGGCCUAGCCCGAACCAUGAAAAACAGCCCCAAACCAUUAUUCCUCCUCCACCAAACUUUACAGUUGGCACUAUGCAUUCGGGCAGAUAGCGUUCUCCUGGCAUCCGCCAAACCCAGAUUCAUCUGUCGGACUGACAGAUGGUGAAGCAUGAUUCAUCACUCCAAAGAACGUGUUUCCACUGCUCCACAGUCCAAUGGCGGCAAGCUUUACACCACUCCAGCUGACGCUUGGCAUUGCUCCUGGUGAUCUUAGGCUUGUGUGCAGCUGCUCGGCCAUGGAAACCCAUUUCAUGAAGCUCCCGACGAACAGUUCUUGUGCUAAGUUGCUUCCAGCUUCAGUUUGGAACUUGGUAGUGAGUGUUGCAACCGAGGACAGACGAUUUUUACGCGCUACACGCUUCAGCACUUGCCGGUUCCGUUCUGUGAGCUUGUGUAGCCUACCACAUCAAGGCUGAGUUGCUCAUAGACGUUUCCACUUCACAAUAACAGCACUUACAGUUGACCGGGGCAGCUCUAGCAUGGCAGAAAUUUGACAAACUGACUUGUUGGAAAGGUGGCAUCCUAUGACGGUGCCACGUUGAAAGUCACUGAGCUCUUCAGUAAGGCCAUUCUACUGCCAAUGUUUGUCUAUGGAGAUUGCAUGGCUGUGUGCUUGAUUUUAUACACCUGUCAGCAACGGGUGUGGCUGAAAUAGCCAAAUCCACUAAUUUGAAGGGGUGUCCACAUACUUUUGUAUAUAGUGUAUCAACAGGACCUCCUUUUGUUUUGGGGCAGACAUGUGGAAUAUCAUGAUCAUGUUGUAAAAAGGUAAGGGGGUUAUCUCACAGAGUGUCAGUGCUAUGGGUUGACUUUUAUGACAGCCUUAAUUUCAGCCAGAACACUUUUUUAUGACGAGGGAUGCCACCUGCAUGUAGAAAACACCUAGUAAAGGGUGGUUGAUGGGAAGGGCAAUUUUUUGUAGGAGCAUGUCAUGUUAGCCAGGUUUGAAUAAUGAAGAUCUUUUGUCCAUGGCUUGUAUACCCUCUCAGAUGAAUACAUGCUCCUGUAUUCUACACCCAUUUUGAGUUACACAGCCAGUCCAAAGUUAGCCUCUCAUGGGAUCAUCAGGGUCAGAUUCUUAUAAAAUUUCAGACAAAGUAAAAAGUCAUACUUGGAUGUUAUGCAGAGUUGUACUAUAUAUUUUUUUAAUUUAUUUGCAUGUCAAAGUUAAACACUUGAAAGUUUAAGAUGAAACAAGGUUAACUGUCCCUUUUUGAUAGGCUACCAUAAGGUGGUUUUGAAAAUAUUUUUCAGGGAUAAACUAAUUAUUUAUGCCUUCCAUAUCAUUAAAAUUAAAUGUGUGUUUAGCUUGUGAUAAAAAUGUUAAUACUGUACUAGUAAUAUUUGUUUGUGAUCGUUAAAUGGGAUUUUGUUGGCAAAAUAUCAGUGGUUCAGUUGUGUACCUCUCUAUUGAGGAGGUAGACUACUACAUUAUAUGCCAGUUGGCAAACUUUGCUCCCAUCAUCAACACAUGAUUAUCCGGGUGGUCUAAUAGCUGUUUUUCACCACAGUAAACAUUCUUGUGUCUGAGCAGCGCUAUGUCAAGGUGACCAGAAGGAGUUUCAAAUGUUUUCUCAUAGUUAAGUCACUGAACAUUUACAAAGUUACACUGUAUAAAUGAAGAACAACAGCAAAGGUGCUGGACGAGAGGUAAGAAAUGUCCAUUUAACAGCAAUGUCUGUUAGUGUUCACUCUUUUUCUCCCUCUCUCCCUUUUUCUCCCUCUCUUCAGAGUGAACUGCAGCAGCCUGUCCUGUUAUUCCAAUGUUUCCUCUACAGGCAGCUACCAAUGAAGCUCAUCUCCCGUCCAGAGAAAACAAAGCCAAGCCACAUUCCCAGCGUUCAAUUUGCUGUUACAUCGGAGGUCUGUGAAUUGGGGUUUGGGCUCUGUCUGGAGGAGCUGGGUGGCUGGUAAUCUGCACUGGUGGGGGCCUCAGCCUGGCCUGGAAAUUACUGGUGUGAAUCCUUACAGAUGUAGGAUCUUAACUUGAUCACUCUUUUGUUGCUGAGAAUUGUCCUGCACUACAGGAAAUACAAAUGUAUAGUGUAUUUGAGUUUUAAAAAGUAUUCUAAAGUUCUACUUUGAAAAUUCAGACUGGAUUUGCCCUUACGAAAAAUGUAUCAACCCCUAGAAAAAUGUCCAUUCAUUAUAAUCCACAUAAUCAUUCACAUUUCGUCUUGCUGCAGGAAUAUUUUCCUGCUGUAGCAAACUGGCUCCAAUUAAUAUCCUACAUCUGUAGGAAUGCUCUCCAUGUAAAGACACACACAGUACAUGUUCAGCUUUCCUUUCCUAAAAAUAGAUUUUUUAAAUGAUAAAAUCAUGAUAAUAAACUUAAUAGAAACAUUUAAAAACAUCAACGUUUUCAAAUGAGCAGGUCAACAAAAUAGCAAAUGAACAUGGUGAUAGCCUAGAUAAAAAUCUGUGAUAGGACAGGAUAAAACAGCAGAAAUGUGAAAAAGCCAAAAGUGAUCUCAUUCUCACAAAAACAAACUACAAACAUCUUGAUGAUGAUGGUUAUGAUGAUGAUGAUGGUAAUGAUAAUGACGCUAGCGUUGUUUUUUACUGUGUAAAUCCUGAAUUGUUAUAUUCUGACCAAUGACUGCAGGUAGGAACUGUAUAUACACCGGCUCUAGUUUUCUCCCGGACUGAUUUCAUCAAUGGUAGCAAAGUGUCAUCAUACAAGCUUGCAUUCCGCUAGUCAGUUUAUCGAACUGUCUCUAAUAUUGUUUUAUUAUUUGACUAAAAGUUAUUACAACGUAUCGGUGAAGGUCUUUACAUAUUAUAAUAAGAUCACGAUAUUUUAUAUCUCGGUUGAGGCUGUGUAACCUUUCAGGAUUAAGAGCUCUUGGGUAGCUAGCUUGUAAACAGUGACAGUACAGCGCUGUCAUUUGGGUGACAAGCGUGUUGCUGCUGAAUAAACCAGUUGACGUUAUCCAACAGGUAGGUCACGCAUGUGAUUUGCUUAAUCUACUACUAGGAGUCAUAACCUGACAAUUUGGUAUUACUUUUUGCACGUAUUGAAUCAAUUUGUGUGCUUGCUUUGGCCGGAUCACGUUUUUGGGAUAAUGCAAGAAUUUGCUAACUGUAUGGUGUCAACAAGAGAGCAAGUCUGGUUAUCAGUACAAUCAUGUUGAUGUGGUCACAUAAAUUGGACCCGUGUGUGUGUGUGUGUGUGUGUGUGUGUGUGUGUGUGUGUGUGUGUGUGUGUGUGUGUGUGUGUGUGUGUGUGUGUGUGUGUGUGUGUGUGUGUGUUCCAGGUGUAUAACAGCAGAUGGAGCUGCAGGCGGUAUUGAUGGCCGCUGGUGGUGGGUCUCGUAUGAUGGACCUGACCUACAACACCCCCAAACCUCUGCUACCUGUAGGGAACAAGCCCCUCAUCUGGUACCCCCUCAACCUGCUGGAGAGAGUGGGGUUUGAAGGUAAUAUUCUCUACAUUUAUGGCUUGAUCCAAUCAAACCCACUUUGGUGUAUUACAGUUGCACAUUUUUUCAUGGUUUUGUGUACUACAACAACCAGUUAGACAGCCUCACUGGUAGAUGCUUCCCGUUUUCAGAAUAAGAGUUGCAUGUGUGUGGGCAGUAUCAGUAGUUUGUAAGCAAUGGCCCAUUAAAUGUCACUUAGAGACUGUCAAUAAAAAGUACUGCUCUAGUGCUCUCAGUUGCAGAGCCAUUAUUUCUAAAAGGGCAUAUACCACCUUUACAAUACCAUGGCCUCCUACUCCUAGAUGCGUUACAUAGUAUUUGUUUCACAUAAGGAGGAGUUGGCCUAUAGCCUAGCUAACAUGUUUUUUGGUGUACGUGAGUUUAGCUAACAUACUUAAACAUUGCAGUUAAGACCAAGUGAAUGCAUGGGUACUGUAGACCUAUUUACAGUGUUUAUAGGUCCAGGCUGUGGUCAGUUUGCUGCCAGGCCUCACCAGUCAGGCUACAUUUGGGUAAUGAUAAGUCAAAGGUAAUUGUUGGGGGAUAAAUGACAGAUUGUUAUAGAGACUACUAUUUUCCCCUCUAAUCAUAUGCCUCAGGGCUUGAUAUAGGACUCCUUUCGGCCUAGUUGUAACUUUCAUAGCCAUCCACUGUGGUCUGGGAAAGCUGUUCUUUGCCACCUGUGUGCUUCAGUAAAGUGUACGUCAGGGCCCUCCACUGGAGUAUCAAUCUUCUAGAAGGUGUGGUGUGUCUGGUUAGGAGUGAGUUGGUUUUUUGAGGGAUUUUUUUUUGAGUUCCUCAUUAUCCUUAGUGUUGAAGUAGCCUACAGUGAGGUUUUAUCUUACAAAAAAAGCUCAAGCUAACUGCUAUUGUUGUUAAUAGGAGUCCAGUUUCACUAAUUAGUGCAGACAAAUAGGCUAUAGGGAGUUUGCAAAUGGAGAUAAUGUAGCGAAAGUUUACGUACUAUCCCACCUGGAAUACUUAGUCUAGUCAGAGCCCUUCCAGUCCCUAUAGUAACUUCAUGUGUGGCAGUACUUACUGUGAGAAGCCAACUAGUAAGGCCCUGCAAUUAGAUUUUACAAGGCUAAAUAACGCAACAGUAAGCAAACUAGUUUGGAUGAAACAUUUAUACAGUCAAGACUCCCUUACAAGACUUCCUUGCAAUGUUCUCGUUGUGUAUAUAAAUCUCUUUAGAAAAUACCUCACAAGCAUGGUUUCCAUUUUAAGUGUAAGCACAUUGUCUAAUAUGUUCGGUCAUGGUCAUCUGUCCCAUUUGUUUGACUGGGUUUAGUCUUUCUAAAUGUCUUUAUUUGUCCUCUAUAGAGGUAAUUGUCAUCACAACCAAAGAGGUGCAGAAGAUGAUCAGCACAGACCCCAAGAUGAAGCUGGAUGUGAAGAUGAAGUUAGACGUGGUGUGUAUCCAGGAGGAUGCUGACAUGGGCACCGCAGACGCCCUCAGACACAUCCAGCAGAAAGUCAAGGUGGGUCAAAUGGCACCCUGCAAUUUGGGACGCAUACAUAGACAGUUGAUCUCAUAG